CCUCUCUAAAUAUUCUAACAUCUUUUCCUAAAUAGAACCCACCCCACAAACCCUUUAAUUCCACAACAUUCAUCAUUACACACACUCACACUCACAAAUCUUGAUCUCUUUUUCUCUUUUUCACUCACUUUCACUUUUUAAAUCUUGGGUUUAAGAGAGAUUAAACUCGGGUUAAAUGAAGUUUGGCAAGAAAUUGCAGCAACAAAUUCAAGACACCUUGCCAGGGUGGCGCGACAAGUUUUUGUCGUACAAGGAUUUGAAGAAGAUCGUUAGGUUAAUUUCUUCAGCUUCUUCAAUGAUGGAAGGAUCGCACGAGCAUGGAAAGACAGAAGAGGACUUUGUGUACUUGUUGGACAAUGAGAUCGACAAAUUUAAUGCCUUCUUUAUGGAACAAGAAGAGAAUUUUGUUAUCUCGCAUAAGGAAUUGCAACAGAGAAUUCAGAGUGUAAUUGAUAUUUGGGGACCAAAUGGUAGUCUUCCAUCAGAGGAGGAUUACAAAGAGAAAAUGGGGAGGGUCAGAAAAGACAUAGUCAAUUUCCAUGGUGAAAUGGUGCUCUUGAUGAAUUACAGCAAUGUCAAUUACACAGGGUUGGUUAAGAUCUUGAAGAAGUAUGACAAGAGAACUGGUGGGUUAUUGCGUUCGCCCUAUAUUCAGAAAGUGUUACAACAACCUUUCCUUAGAACCGAUGUCAUCUCAAAGCUUGUCAAAGAAUGUGAAAGCACCAUAGACACGAUGUUCCCAGUUGUCGGAGAAAAAGGAAUGCGAGAAGGAAGAGCAGAAAUUGAAGUUUCAAGUGAAGGAAUUUUUAGGACUACAAUUAUAGCACUGCUGACCAUGCAAGAGAUUAGAAAAGCGAGCUCUACGUACAAUCACUUCUCUCUACCGCCUCUCAAUUUGUCAGACUUCGAUCUCAUUAAGUUC